UUGUGCAUUCCAGAACACAUCCACAAAAUCUUUAUUGAUGCCGGCAUGCUGCUAAACAAUUAACCCUAACCGGGCUCAGUCUAUGGCUUCUAGGCCUAGAUAGAACCCCAAAUGAUUGUUAAUACUCAUCUCUUUGGUAGAACAUGCUUUUUUAGAGGAUAUGAAGACUAGUAGCUCUUAUGGAAACGGAAGCCACAAUCGACACGCAAUAUCUCGCCAAUACCAGAAUAUACCUCAAGUUAUUAUAAGACCAGUUACAGCCCCUGGGAAACAUAUCAACAAGUCAUCAAAGCCUUUCACUCCAUCUCCACCAAGAUGCACUCCAAGCCCAUUACCACGGAGACCAAAUACUACUGUGGGUUUCUACGAACUUCCUAUCAGUACAUAUACCAGGCCAAAGUCAGCUAUUUGUGCCACAGAAAAUGCAAGUAAUUCUGAAACUACUCCGAGGACCAACUCCCCAAGAAAAGGCAAAGGGAAAAGAAGUCAAAAAAGUGAACGAAAACCAAAGAAAUCUACCCAUAUUGCAUGGGAUGGUGAUCCCAGAGCUGAUGAUCUAAGACGAAAUGAAUUAUUCACUCCAAUAAGACAACCAAGAAAAGAUACAUUCUUUGAUGCAAAUGGGAAUCAAAUUUCUGAAGCCCAAUACUGGAUAACGAGAACUCAAAAAAGGAGGUCAGCAAUGAAGGGAAUGCCACUAGUACCAGGCUCCAUCUCCACCAUGGUCACCUUUGAGGAGUCAGAUAAUGAUGAUGAUGACAAGGCAGCAGAUGAUGUGCAGAUUACAAGAGUACCUAGCUUUGCAGAUGUUGUUCUUUCUGAUGAAAGUUCUGAUUUUGAGACAGACCUGGAGGAGGAUUUUCCAGUGAAACCACGGGUGUUUGAUCCAUCUGGCAAGAAUUCUUAUAUAAAGCUAUGCAAGGAAAAAGAUUUGGUACCAGUGACCUUUCUUACAGAAAGGUUAAAGGAACCUGGAAUUGUUAUGCGACACCAUGGACUAGGAGCAGAAGGGACCCUAGCAAUAGCUAAAUCUCUCAUGAAAAAUACCUACACUGAAAAUCUGGACCUGACUGACAACUAUAUUGGGGGUCCUGGGGGAAUGGCCCUCGCCGAGAUGCUAUAUGACAACUGCUUCAUCACUGAAAUCGACUUAUCAAUGAACUUCAUACGCUCUGAGGGAGGUUUGGCCUUUGCCAAAAUGCUGCACAAAAACCAGUCCUUAAGAAAGCUAGUACUUAGAUCCAACCAUUUAACAGACAAGGAUGCAAAGGCUUUUGCUGAAGCCUUGAAGGAGAACAGAACACUGAUUCACCUUGACCUUAGUCAUAACGAGAUUGGUGAGAUGGGUGGGAUCUUCCUUGGUGCAGGCGUGGCAUCUAACUACGGGCUCAAGCACUUGGAUCUCAGCUGGAAUUGUAUUCGAUUUAAGGGAGCUGUAGGAAUGGCUCAGGCAUUGAAGACAAACGACUGCUUGACACACUUCAAUAUGUCAUGGAAUGGGCUUUCACUACUGGGAUGCGUUGCCCUGGGAAGAUUCCUUAAGAGGAACGAAGCACUGAAAGAGCUUGACAUAAGCAACAAUCGCAUUGGUCUUCUUGCUACCCAGAAACUUGCACAAGGAAUCGCUGCCCAUCCUAAUCUUACUGCCUUAAAGGUUGGCAAGAAUCCCAUAGGUGAUGGUGGAGUUGAGUGUUUGCUGAAUGUCAUCAAAGCCCAUGACAAACUCAAGUACCUAUCCUUGGAGGACAUAACCGUAUCUCCAAAAGUUUUUGACGAAAUAAAGGAGCUGGAAAAGGAGCGUGGAGUCACAAUCAUCACCGGUGGUAUUGGUGGCUACAAAAGGCCCAAGGAAAUGCCACCGGGUAUGCGCAUCUUGUUAAACUUCAUCUCAGAGAAUCGGUUACGCUUGAUUGACUGGUUCAACCAGUUUGACAAGGACCACAGCGGAGGUAUCUCCAGAGAAGAGUUCAGCAAAGGCCUGAAAGAAACUGGUCUUGUCAUGACGAAGAGGCAGCUGGACCGGCUUAUGGAGUACAUUGAUAUCAAUAAUGAUGGAGAAAUCGAGUACAGUGAGUUGCUCCGAGGGCGCGAGAUGACGAUCCAGGAACUUCGGGAAGAGAGGAAAAUCGAGGAGCGCAACAAGCGUAUCGAAGAAGAGCGUAUGCGGCUCCCGAAGCUAGAGGGCUACGACUACGACUUGAUGUAACGAUGAUAAAUACGAUUACGACUUGAUGUAGCGAUGCUAAAGAUGAUUACGACUUGAUGUAGCAAUGUCAAAGACGAUUACGACUUGAUGUAACAAUGCCAUAGACGACUAUGACUUUAUGUAUCCAUGGUAAAGAUGUCGUCACGUGGAGACCACCACUUACUGUAACGAUAUCCUUACGUGGUGACUACUAAGACAUAAUGUUACCAUGGGAACGAUGCCAUCACGAAAGGACUACUACGACUUAAUGUAACGAUGCCAUCACGCGGACAGACCGCUACGACCUGAGGUAGCGACGCCAUCACGCGGAGUAGAGCUAGUGGGGUGGGCUAGGUACGAGGUCGCUGCCUUCACCUGUUAAAAGAGAUUACUGUAGGGGUUAGGGAUUGUUAGUGAUACUCCGUGGUGUAAGGGGGUCAUUUUUUCAACCUCUUCUUCUGUGUUUUUUAACCCCCCACCCCCACAUUCCUCACACCGAAUAAUCCGAUUAAUCUCACAGAGGGGUCAUCUAGCCCCUAUAGCUCCCCCUCCCUUCCUCAGGCCAGUAUUGGUCACACUGUAUUCACACGCACAUUCAAGCAUCUCGGCCUUUGUUAGGUGAAUGGCCUUGUGCAGUGAAUCGUACAAGAAGCGCAAUCAGUAUAUCUGCCCCAGAACCCUCCGCGUCUUCAUUAUAAAAAGACUAGUUCACUUACUCAUACUUGAACACAGCACCUUCGUCCAUACGCUAAGCACGUAAAAGUAUCUUUAUAAACAUGGGACAUGGAACUGAAAUGGUGAGUAUUUAUAUUUGAUAUAACUAGAAAAAGUUAUAUUUAAAUGUUUAUAGUAGUAUUAGGAUUACAGUUUUAUUGCAUAGAUAGUUAAAAGUAGAUUAGAUAACUCUAGAAUAAAUCCAAGGAAAUAAAAGUGUAAACAUG